UCAGUGGAGUUGACAGUACUCUACCGCGCGCGCGCACACAUCUACAUUCUACCUCUAGUAGCAGUCAUAGUCGUUUGUGAGCUCCUACAGGCACAGAAAUGGCAACGGAAACUUUCGAUAAGCAGAAGACUAUCGAUCUCCGACAGAAACAUGUAGGUCCAUCCUGCAAAGUGUUCUUCAGUCAUGACCCUAUCAAGAUUGUGCGUGCAAGGGGUCAGUACAUGUACAAUGAAAAAGAUGAAAAAUACCUGGACUGCAUAAACAACGUAGCACAUGUGGGCCAUUGCCACCCAGAUGUGGUUGAAGCAGGAACAAAGCAAAUGGAGCUUCUCAACACCAACUCUCGCUUUCUACAUGAUAAUCUGGUCCUGUAUGCUCAGCGUCUCCAAGCCACCCUUCCUGAAAAGCUCUCUGUGUGCUACUUUGUCAACUCAGGGUCAGAGGCAAAUGAUCUGGCCCUAAGGUUGGCCUGGCAGUACACCGGCCACAAAGACAUCAUCACACUAGAGAAUGCCUACCAUGGUCAUGUGUCAUCGCUCAUUGAUAUCAGUCCAUAUAAGUUUCAUCAGAUGGCUGGUGCAGAGGCGAGCCAACAUGUGCACGUGGCUCUCAGUCCAGACAUUUAUAGAGGCAAAUAUCGUGAGGACCACCCAGACCCUGCUACUGCCUAUGCUGAAAAUGUCAAAGAUGUAAUCGAACAGGCCCAUGAAAAGGGACGUAAGAUUGCCGCUUUUAUCGCUGAGUCACUGCAGAGUUGCGGAGGGCAGGUCAUUCCUCCAGUGGGCUACUUCCAGAAAGUGGCACAGCAUGUGAGAAAUGCAGGAGGCAUUUUCAUUGCUGAUGAGGUCCAGGUGGGCUUUGGCAGGGUGGGCACCCACUUUUGGGGCUUCCAGCUACAAGGAGAAGAUUUUGUACCAGAUAUUGUUACAAUGGGCAAACCUAUUGGAAAUGGUCAUCCAAUGUCAUGUGUGAUCACCACUAGAGAGGUCGCCGAAAGCUUCAUGUCAUCUGGAAUGGAGUACUUCAACACAUUUGGAGGUAACCCAGUAUCAUGUGCUAUUGGAUUGGCGGUGCUAGAUGUAAUUGAGAAGGAAGAUCUCCAAGGCAAUGCCCUGCAUGUCGGAGGUUACCUGACUCAGCUUUUGGAUGAUCUGAAGAAAAGACACUCCUUAGUGGGUGAUGUGAGGGGCCGUGGUCUGUUUAUUGGGUUGGAGCUGGUAAGAAACCGGGAUAAAAGGACACCUGCCACAGGUGAAGCUCAGGAUGUUAUUUACAGAUUAAAAGAGCAGCGGAUUCUGCUCAGUGCUGAUGGCCCACACCGCAACGUUCUGAAGUUCAAGCCUCCCAUGUGCUUCACGAGAGAGGAUGCGGAACUUGCCGUGGAUACGAUUGACCAAAUUCUGACAGACUUAGAAAAGGCUUUGGGCCUUCACGUGCAUGAAGCAGUAAUCUCAGAGAAUGGACAUAGUAAGAGAAAGGAACACAGUGAGGAAAAUGGCCUCGCCCUCGAUCAUACUUCAAAUGACAGCAGUCACAAACACACCGGCACAAUACCUCACAGCAAAAAAACCAACAAGAGACUAAGAACCUAAUGAAACAGCGGGGGACACAACUGCUUUAAAUUACUAUUUAAUUAUGUCUGUAACAUUUUCCAUGUUAUAAUGGAUCAACAAUUACACUGUAUGAAGAUUACAUUGCCAUAUAUUUUAGUAGUGCCAGUCAGAACUGUAUCAGUGUUUCUAAUAAUGAGUUUUGAAAUAUUACCUCUGGGUGAAAUUAAAUUAUCCAAUAUGAUAAAAGAAUUAGCUUUCACACAUAGAAAGCUAUAAAUUACUAAAAGAGCAAAAAGAAGCUAAUAAAUCAUUGUAUUUAUGGCAUUAUCAUUAUCUGUGUUGUGACAAGUGAACUGAGGGACACUUGCUGGAGCUGGUUAGUUUUGUGGGAGAGACUAUAGUUAAGUUUAAAUGCAUCUAUACCAAAUUAGAUACAGAAAGUGCACCUUCAAACUGCUUGUUUUGCAACAGCCUGUUCAACUGUAUACAUACCUGAGCAAAUGCACACUCAGCAGGUUCUGCUGAUGUCUGCCACAGUAAAACAGCUGGAGAAUCACUCAUAUCUGAUAGUAAUGGAGUGGAAAACACCCUCUAGAUAAAAGGCAGCAUGGAAAAAAACUAAUGUAGAAUGAAAGAUUUAGAGAAAUUAGUUAAAAGAGGGGUGCUGCUUGGGUAUCUCCAAAAAGAAAAAGAAAAAAGAAAAAAAAAAAGACGACUCAUAUAACAUUGUUUCAAAGUACAAUUGUGUCUUCAUUUAGGAUUUUUGCACUCAAAGUGCUGCAGUAGUGACAUUUUUGUAGAUCAACCCAAAAGUUAGCAUCACCCUGGUUCCCUAGCAUUACCCAAUAGGAUUUUUACAUUGGCAUUGAAUUAUUGAAGAAAAAAAAAAAAAAAAAAAAAAAAAAUGAAUACAGCUCUGUGACCAACAAAAGUUCAUGAUUCUUACAUGUUUUGUUCAUCAUGAUAAUCUUCACAAAUAAACAACCUUUAUCACUAAACAAUUGCCAUAAGUAAAAAGCUAAAUAUAGGCCAUAAAUGAACUACACUGGUUGCAUGACUAUUAGGCUUCGACAACACAUUCUUUAUUCAAAAACAUUUUCCUUUAAAUGUUCCCUUAAAAUUAGAAUAGUUUACCUGUUCAGCAUGAAAACAUUUAAUGGCCAUGACAACCUCUGUAGUCCCUUUUUUGCCAUUUAAGUAAAAAGCUUUAUUAAAAAAUUUAAAUCACAAGGUAUUAAUGAUGUAUUUCACGUUGUAGAACAAAAUGUGAAAAUCUCUUGAGCUUGUGUUAUCCACAGACCUUUUUUCAAGCAUUUAACCAAAAAUCCUUUCAAAAAACCCAUUGACUUCAAGAUGAUUGAACAGGAAAUGCUAAAAUGCUAACUCAUUUGUGGGUUUUGUCAUCCCUGCAGCACUGUUUAUUUCAGGUCAGUCUAUUCAGUGCUGCUCUCUAGUGUUUGAAAGUUAUCAAAACAUCUACAAGUCUUACUACAUUUUAAAUCUAUUUCAUAACUUUAAAAGAGCCCUUCAUUGUAAUUUUUUUUCUUGUUUUUUUUUACUUUAUAUAAUUUUCAUCAAAUCAUCAAAUAAUUCAAACUUAGAAAAGUUUUUGUGGUAAAUACAUUUGUUUAUUAUAGAAAAAAACCCACAUCAAGCAGCCACAUUUAAGGGUUUUACACAGAGCAGGCUUUCUGCAAAAUAACAGUAUAAGGAGAUAUUCAAAAUGGAUCUUGUUAGAGUCCAAGUUGCAUGUCACCACAAAAAAAUAAAAAACAAGAGAGGAAAUUUCUGCCAGUGGCAAUAA